CAAUUAAACAAUAAACAGGGACCAAAGUGCAAUAAUGACGACAUUCUUUUCAUCUUCUUCCGAUUCGAUUGUCGUUGCAAUUCGGAUCGUCAAAACGGAUGGCCCGAUCCAAGGAUGAUCGACCCACCCGACCCUUACCGCCGCCGGCCUCACUCUCCUCCGACGCUCUCUACUUCCUCAAUUCCAAACUAAACUCCAUAGAAGCCCUUGAUGGAGCCCCGGCUUUGCUGUCCGAGCUCCAAAUCCAGUCCGAUGCAAUUGAUCGCACACUUUCCCAACUCAACACCGAGCUCCAAUCUCACUUGACCCGCCAUUCUUCCUACUCGAAUCGGGUCGGAUCACUCUUCUCCAACGUGCAUGCUCAGUUGGAUGAUCUCCGCCGCCUCUCCACUCACCCGUCCUCAGGUGAUGGGGAAUCGAGGAGAGGGAUGGGGGAAGAGUUACAAGCAUUGGCCAAGGAAGUGGCAAGAGUUGAAACUGUGAGAAAUUAUGCAGAGACAGCAUUGAAGCUUGAUACUUUGGUUGGUGAUAUUGAAGAUGCUGUAUCAUCCACUAUGAAUAGAACGUUGCGGAGGCAUCCAUCAAUGAAAGAUCUAGAAGAUAUGCGCGCAGGUGCUCUAAGGGCUCUUAAAUUAACAGAAGAUGUUCUCAGCUCAGUCAUAAAGACACAUCCUCAAUGGAAUCGGCUAGUUUCAGCAGUUGAUCAUAGAAUUGAUAGAGCAUUGGCCAUUCUAAGGCCCCAGGCUAUUGCUGAUCAUCGAGCCCUUCUUACUUCUCUCGGGUGGCCACCACCGUUAAGUUCAUCCAGUUCAAAUGCUAAAGGAUCAUCUAAUGCGAAAAAUCCACUUUUUACAAUGCAAGGAGAAUUGAAACUCCAGUACUGUGAGAGUUUUCUCGCAUUGUGUGGUCUUCAGGAAUUGCAGAGAAAAAGGAAAUCUCGCCAACUUGAGGGGCAUAAUAAGGAUGUUGCUCUUCACCAACCCCUUUGGGUUAUUGAGGAACUUGUGAAUCCUUUGUCUAUUGCAUCUCAACGCCACUUCUCAAAGUGGAUUGAGAAGCCGGAUUAUAUAUUUGCACUUGCAUAUAAGAUCACUCGUGACUAUGUUGAUUCUAUGGAUGAUUUAUUGCAACCACUGGUAGAUGAAGCUAUGCUAUCUGGUUACAGUUGUAGAGAAGAAUGGAUCUCGGCAAUGGUAUUUUCCCUAUCGACCUACCUGGCAAAAGAAAUAUUUCCCUUGUAUAUCAAUAAGCUUGAAGAAGAGAGUGAACCUGCUAUCCAAACACAGGCUAGGGUAUCAUGGCUACAUCUUGUAGACUUGAUGAUUGCAUUUGAUAAACGAGUUCAGACUUUGGCAGCAAAUUCAGGAAUUCUUCUUUCUCUAGAAGAAGAAGACAAUAUGCAGAAGAUGUCUUCAUUGGUUGUAUUUUGUGAUAGACCUGACUGGCUUGAGUUGUGGGCUCAAAUUGAGCUUCGUGACACACUUGAUAAACUAAACAUUGAAUUGGAAGAUGACAGGAAUUGGAUAAAGGAAGGUGAAAGUGUAACUCUUCUACCUGGUCAAGAAGAGAGCAAAUCUCCUGGGAUAGCAAGUGCUGUUUUCCGAAGCCUCUCUUCUGUCAUUGACCGUUGUCGAUCAGUGCCUAGCUUCUCAUUGAGGUCAAGAUUUCUCAAAUUGGCAGGUGCACCUAUAAUACACAAGUAUUUGGAUUGCCUGCGGCAAAGGUGUCAAGAAGCUGAGGGGCUGACUGCAUUGACGGAUGACACUGCUCUAAUUAAGGUUGCUAAGUCUGUUAAUGCUGGGAGCUUUUUUCAAUCCACUUUAGAAGAUUUCUGUGAGGAUGUAUUCUUUCUGGAAAUGGAAACAAAACAAUCUGGGAGCAUUGAAACAGCAGGUGAUUUGGAUGCUACUGAUAAAGGUAUUUUUCGUGAAGAAAUCAAGAAGCUGGAAGAAUUCAAAAUGGAAUGGAUUGAGAAGCUGUCCACUGUUGUCUUACGGGGUUUUGAUGCACUUUGCCGAGAGUAUGUAAAGAACAAAAGACAAUGGCAAGAAAAGAGUGAUGAAACGUCGAUGCUCUCACGAUCUUUCAUAGAAGCUAUGGAUUAUUUGCAGGGAAAACUGUCUCUCCUGGAAGAAGGGUUGAACAAAACGGAUUUUACAAGGCUGUGGAGAAGUUUGGCUGCUGGUAUAGAUAGAUCAAUUUUCUAUAGCAUACUAGUGGGCAAUGUGAAGUUUCAUGAUGGGGGAGUUCAGAGGCUAUCUAACGACUUGACGGUUCUGUUUGGCGUUUUUGAAUCAUGGUGUUUGAGACCUCAAGGCUUCUUUCCCAAGACAAGUAAUGGCUUGAAGUUGUUAAAAACAGCGAAGAAAGAGUUAAAGAGUACUUUGAUGGUUGAUGAAAGAUGGUUAAGAGAAAAUGGGAUUAUGCAGUUAACUGUUGGUGAGGUAGAAAAGAUUAUGAAGAACAGAGUGUUCAGCAGUUGAAAGGUUUGUCCAAAUCCCCUACUUUUGCAAAUACUCUAGUUUUUUUAGCUAUAUCUUUACUGAAUCAAGUUUUCCAGUUGUGGAUAGUUAACUAGUUACAAGUUUAAAUCCCCAUCGAUGGAUCUUAGUGAUGCUAUAAUUAUAAAUGUUAUUUUGUCCAAAA